UAUUGCGUCGCAGUUUAUUCCGUACAUACUAUCGAGCAGCAGCUAAAAUUCUAGAAAUGUGUUCGAUUAGGGAUGGUCAGUAUACCAAACAAACGGAUGAAACGGGCAAGGUGGUGAUUGUAACUGGCUCCAAUACUGGCAUAGGGAAGGAGACUGCAAGGGAACUGGCACGUCGUGGUGCAACUGUUUAUAUGGCAUGUAGAGAUGAACAAAGAGCUGAACAGGCGCGCCAAGAAAUUAUCAAAGAUACAAAAAAUGAGAAUGUGAGAUUUCUUGAAUUGGACUUGGCAUCACUGGACUCAGUGCGAAAAUGCGUUGCCGUUUUUAAACUGCAACAGGAUAGGCUACAUAUCUUGAUUAACAACGCAGGACUUGGGCUGGGCCCACGCAGACUGACCAAAGAUGGAUUUGAGAUGCAAUUGGGUGUCAACCACAUGGGCCCCUUCUUGCUUACAAUGCUCUUAGUUGACUUGCUAAAGAAAUCGGCGCCCAGUCGCGUAGUUAAUGUUUCAAGCAGGGUUCAUGCAUAUGGCAAGCUCAAGGUGGAUGAUUUAAACAGUGAGAAAUCGUAUAAUGAAACAGGUGCUUACAAUCAGAGCAAAUUGGCAAAUAUAUUAUUUACACGCGAGCUGGCUAAGCGUUUGGAAGGCACAGGCGUUACCGUUAAUGCAUUACAUCCUGGUGUAGUGGAUACGGAACUUUAUAGAAACUUGAAGUGCAUUCAAAAUGAUUUUGGACAACAUGUGGUCAGGCCAUUAAUGACGCCAUUCGUCAAGACACCCAAGAGUGGUGCACAAACUACUUUGUACGCAGCUCUGGAUCCUGAUUUGGUUAAUGUAACUGGCUUGUAUUUCAGUGAUUGCAAACCAAAGAAAGUCUCUGCAGCAGCCGCAGAUGAGGAAACAGCUAAGUUUUUGUGGACGGAGAGUUUAAAAUGGACGGGAGCUCCAAGUUCAGCUUAAGAUUAAAACUAUGCUUUUGAAUUUUAUGGCUUAAUCAUUGCGAUUCGAAUACUAAAAUAAUAAAAAUACUAAACUGUGG